AUGGCCAACGCAGCAGCAAAGAAAAGAAAACAACAAAAUGAUAAAGAAAUGAUAAAGUUAAAGCUAAUUGUAGCAUGCACUACAAUUCCAUAUAUCUGCUAUCGUAUCUUUUAUAACAAAGAGACUUUUGGUGGAUGGACAAUGUAUGGUUACUUUUUCAUUCAAUUUUUAAAUUUAUUAGCUUUCUAUUUAAUCAAUACAAUGUGCCAACCAACUUUUGAUCAAUCUGGCGAACUUAUUGACGGUGGUUCUGAUUUAACCAUGGGAGGUUUAACAGAGUAUUACUUUGACAUUAUUUAUGUUUGUGCUAUAGUUCAAUUUUUAGGUUUAUUUAGUGACAAGAGUUUAUAUUUAGUUUUAAUUGUUCCAAUCUUUGCAGGUUACAAAUUAUGGACAUCAAUUAUCCAACCAUACUUUUUAAAUAGACCAAAACAAACUGAUGCUCAAGGUGAUAAGAGUAAAAGAAGAGAAAAAAUGGAAAAGAAAGCAGAAAAAAUGAAAUUUAAAAAUGUUAGAUAA